GGAUUCUGUUCAGUUAAUAAUAGUACUAAAUUAGAAGAGCUAACUGUAUAUAGUUAUGACACUAGAUUGAAAGAAAAACAGGAUGCUCGUUUAAUGAAAGAUAUAGUCCUCAUAGAUUUACAAGAAAAUAAUCUUCAUUCUUUAAAUGCAUAUAUCAAGACUAUUAAUGCUGUUGUAAAUAUUCCAUCUAUGCAACAAUAUAUUCAAAAGAAAUAUAUUAUACCUGUCGUUGCUGAUUGGCCUGAACAAAUCUAUCUUAGGACAGCCAUCUCUC